GGCAGUGUAGCGGACCUUGGUGUGAGCGAUAAAACGUGAGUGGCUGGCCGCCGCGGUCCAGUCAGCCAGACGCCAUGAUCACAGCCACACCCGCCACCGCCCUUGUGGCAGCACUAUGUCUGCUGAGCGGCGUGACGGCACAGCGAGGAAAUUACGUAGACGAAGGCGCUUUCGACUACGCCGAGCCCGCACCGCCCCAGCGUGCCGCACCCCGCCCCGCCCCCGCCUACAGGCCUACCUCCUCCCUUAGUGCCGCCCCUCGCCCCACACCUGUGCCAAUCCUCAAGCAGAUCAACAGGCAUAAUGAGGACGGCUCUUACACUUACGGCUAUGAGGGAGCGGACGGUGCCUUCAAGAUCGAGACCAAGCUGCCUAACGGUGAGGUCAUGGGCAAGUACGGCUAUGUGGACGACUCGGGCAAGGUGAGGGUGAUCGAGUACGGCGCAAACAAGUACGGCUUCCAGCCAGCCGGAGAGGGCAUCACCGUGGCGCCACCCACUCUGGUCGAUGAGACCACCAAGAGGAAUGGUGUUUCCGGACCUCUCGCCAGCAACGAGCCUUUGGAGUAUGAGGACGGCAGUUACUACGAGGAGGCCCCGGUGAGAGCCGCUCCACCCCCAAGGCCUGCCCCUAGACCUGCCCCGAGGCCCGCACCCCGCCCAGCACCUCGUCCCGCUCCCCGCCCUGUCCAGCAACCCCAAUACUCCCAGGACGUCGCGAGCUUCCAGUCCUCCCAGAACUUCGGUCCCUCCAGACCGGCACCCUCCUCCUCCUUGGGCCCUGUUCCUCCUAGGGCCGCCGUGGCAGGAGCUGCUCCUGUCGGCCCUCCACCCUCGUUCUCGCAACCCGCCCCUCGCCCCGUGGCUAGGCCUCCACCCCAGCAGAGUUACUUCUCUCCCGCUCCCGUCUACGAAUCCAGACCCGCUCCUCCUCAACUUCAACCCCAACAACAACAAUCCAGGCCCUCCUACGGACGAUCCGGUGGCAUCCUGGACCAACUAGAAAAGGACUUCGCCCUCCCGUCCAACAGCGCACCCGCUCUCCAUGACAUCACCUUCAGUUCUUACUGAUAACAGCAGCACCUAGUGGUAGUGGAGUGACUUGGACUAUAUUUUGAAAUUUAGCUGUGUAAGAAAUAUUUAUUGAGGCGCGCUGCCCUGUAAGCUGACUGAAAUGUGAGAUAGAAAUAAAGCCACCUUUUGUACAUAGCAACUUGUACAAACACACCAUGCUGGCUCGCAAGUGUUUCGGAUCCUGGAAUAGUUUCCUUGCAUUUAUGUUGUUUAUAUUACCUAAUACUAGUUAGAGGUAUCAUUCAAUACUGAACGAAUAGUAAUUGAAAGUCUUGCUUAGUAAGCGAAACAAGGAUUAGAUCAGUAAUGUUUUGUUUCUUACAAUUUGACACAGUGCAGAGGAAUUUAAUUCUUUUGCUACCAAAGAUUACAGCAGUACUAUGUGGUGAGUUAUAUGGUACAACAUUAGACAUUGAGCCGCUCGGUAGUCAAAGGGUCAAUGAUGUUAGUUGGUAUCAUAGUACCAUUAGGUAUUAUUGCAAUUUUGGUUUUGAAACAAUUUGAAAACACUUUUAAGAUAGGUUACAGCUCGAAAACUAUACAGCUGUUCUUGGAGUCUUCCUGGUUUGUACUUCCCUUGAUAGGUGAUUUUGGGAAAUGUUAUAAUAUAUAGCCAAGCAUUUAUUUUGACAAACAAAGCAUCUCAUGUAGAAAGGCUGCAAUACUACACCUGGAACUCCUUGAUGAGACAACUUAAAGUUGAAACGCUUGCCUAAAUAUUUUGAAAAAUAUUCACUCGGCCAUCACUCAUAAAAAUGCUUUAAAACAAACAUCUGAUAUAUAUAUAUAACUACUACACUUUCACGGAAACCAAAAUAAUGAAUAUUUUUUUAAAUUUAUUAAUAUAAUUUAAGUCCAAUUUUCUACGGCUUGUGUUGACUUGUAGCCUAGGGUUGGAAAAUAUAUGUUUUUGCUUGAAAAUCCCUUAUAUGCCUCAUAAAUCAGAACGUAGUGAUUUUAUUAGUUCAUUCCAAAGGCAAGGAGGUUUUAAUCAAAUACUAAUCCAAAUUAUAGUCUCUUACUUAACUAAUAAAAUUGUAACUUUUUAUCAAUUUAGUCAUAUCAACAAGAUAGGGGUUCUCAUUUUAGUUUAUCUAUAUUUAGUCUUAAAUCAGCAAAUAUGAUUGAAUCAUUCAGAAAUGUAUAAUUAGAGCAAACAAAUUUUUUAGUUAUAAUUAAAAACAAACAAAAUUUAUAUUUUUGUAAGUAAUAUGCAUCUUUAAAUACUGCUCAAUAUAUUUGGCAAGAAAAAGAUAAAUUUACAAACACCCGUCUAAGGAUGUUAUGAGUUAAUCUAUACGAACAUUGAGCCCGUGAUAUUUUGACAAGCGGCUAAAAUUUAAGUUAUUGCAGCCCAUAUCAAUAAACACGUCUUUCAUUUA